AAAUUCAGAGUUGAAUUGAGCUCUCACGGUUACCAUUAUCGAGUUCAUCACGCGCCUUUCCCAUCUUCCCUGACAUCUUCACAACGCCGCCACUAUGCUCAGACAAGCACUUGCCACAUCUUCGAGGGCGCUUCACUUCACCGCUAAGGCCUAUGCGAAACAGCCGUUUGUGCGGUCACAGUUCUCCCCCGCGUCAUUAAGCUCUGUAAGGUCACAAAUACCGAGCUCUAGGUGGUACAGUGAUCAAGCAGAACCGGCAGAAAAAAAGGAAGGGAAAGACACAAAACCUGUAGUAGAAGCUGCAGAGAAUGCGCCAUCCGACGUCGAAGCUGAGCUGAAGAUGAAGCUGGAGGCAAAGGAGAAGGAGGCUUUGGACUGGAAGGACAAAGCCCUACGCUCGGUUGCCGACUUCCGAAACCUCCAGGGCCGUACACAGCGAGAAAUGAAGGCUGCCCGAGAUUUUGCCAUCCAGAAGUUCGCCAAGGACCUGGUUGAUAGUGUUGACAACCUCGACCGUGCCCUAAUUAUGGGCCAAGAGAAGCUGAAGGCUGCUGAAGCCGAAGGGGCCGAGAAGAACGAGGAUCUGGCCGCAUUCUACGAGGGUGUCAAAAUGACCGAGGGCUUGAUGCUGCAGACCUUGACCAAGCAUGGCUUAGAGCGAUUCGACCCCGAUGGCGAGAAGUUCAACCCUAACGAGCACGAAGCAACAUUCAUGACGCCUAUGCCCGGCAAGGAGGAUAACACCGUCUUCCACGUCCAACAAAAGGGAUUCAAGCUCAACGGGCGGGUGCUCAGAGCUGCUAAGGUUGGUGUCGUCAAGAGCCAAUAGAUAUGACGGAACGAGAUCAAUGUGCGAGUAGACUUGUAUUACUAUUGCGGAUGCACCAUACGACCGGCGUUGGUUUAUGUACAAAAAAUGCUCCUCUCAUGAAGACGACUGGACGACUCCUUAAUGGCGAAGCUGCUUGGGCUACGCAAACAGCGCUGUUCGAUAGGUAGACCUCCGGACUGGGAUUGUGUGUAUUAUAACUCCACCGACGACCUAGGAAUUAUCUAAUCAUGAAAUAUAUACCCCCUGCGUUGGGGGCACCAUUCACACCCUCGGAGAAAAG